CUAUCUCAUCGUUUCUUUCUACUUUGAUCAGAAAAUUAUGGGUGUUUUCACUUCCGAAAGCGAACUCGUUUCUCCAGUCUCCGCUGCAAAAUUGUUCAAAGCCAUUGUCAUAGAUGCCGCCAACGUCUUCCCAAAAGCAUUACCAAACUUCAUUAAGAGCGCAGAAACCAUAGAAGGAGAUGGAGGACCAGGAACCAUUAAGAAGCUCACUCUUGCUGAAGGUUUAGGGUUUGUGAAGCAGCAGGUAGAUGCAAUAGACACAGAAAACUAUGUGUACAACUACAGUGUGAUCGAAGGAAGUGCAUUGUCAGAUACAUUGGAGAAGAUAUCUUAUGAGUACAAAUUAGUGGGAACCGAUGAUGGAGGAUCGAUUGUGAAGUGCAUGAGCAAAUACUAUACGAAAGGUGAUGAGAAACUCGCUGAAGAAUUUGUCAAGGCUGGUAAGGAGAGAUCUGCUGCAUUCACUAAGGCUAUUCAGGAUUUCAUUCUGGCUAAUCCUCAUUACAAUUAA